GACUUUCUGCUCCUACAGACCAGAGGAUUCAGCCCCACAGCAUGAUAGCGCCCCCUCCGUGCCUGAUGGUUGGUGCAGGGCCUGGAUUGGACGUGUGCUGCCUGCUCGGGGUUUCUCCACCAUACUGACGUGGUUUAAGGUAUAAAAUCAGCGUCAAACGUUUGGUGGCCUCGUGGCGACCUGCCAUUAUCUGACCAUCUGAUCAGUUUAGCCGCGUUUAGGAGGCUGCUCACAUGACGCCAUCAGGCAGCUGGUCCCAGACUCACAGGCUUCCAGACGUCUGCUGGCUAGAAAAUCUACUCUAGAAGUUUGAGGAUGUUCUGGAUCAUGGAGGAUCCGUCUUUCUGCUGAAGGAUGGAGUCACCUGAGGAGGACUGCGUGUCCCCAGAGUCCACCGUGACGUCCCUGCUGUCCAGCUCUGGGCGCCUGAGGAGCAGCCUGCAGCCGCCUGAGCUCAGCAGAACCUUCCAAUAUGGAGAUCAGAUCUACGAUUCCGCCUCUGCGGCGCUGGAAGCCUACAUCGCAGAUUUUGAUCGCAGCUGCCAAAGGUGCCGGACGGUAACUGGACCGCUGGUUCUGGCCACGCCGAGGAAACCCAGAGCGGUCCGGCCCAGAAACAGGGACGUCCUCAGGGAGCGUCUGACGGAACGGGAGCUGGACUUCCUGAACCUCCCCGUCAGCUCGCCCCGUCAUCGCCAGAACCGAGACCGGGUCUCCAUGACGACAGACGAGCUGCUGGCCAUCCCGUUCGACGGCUCCAUGCCCAUCACCCACACCUCUGCCUUCAUGCAAGGUCUGCUGUCCCGCUCAGGAACGUCCCAAAUGUUCCACCCCUCCACCCAAGCUCAGCUCAGCAGCAGCCGUGUCGCCCCGAAGCCCCUGGACCGGACUCUGGACCAGAACUGUCCUCCUGCCGGUAGCUCCAGGCACAGAGGAGAACCGGAGUCGGACCCGUCGGUGGACAGAGGUUCUUCUCCUCUGACAGCUGCAGAUCUCCACCUCCCCCACUGGUUGACCAGCAACAAGGCCCACAUGGACGGUUCUGAGAUCAGCAGCCUGCCGGACCUGCAGUACCCGGCCUGGGUGCGGCACUGCAGCGUCGACGACCCGGAGCUGCGGGACCAGCCAGAUGUUCCAGGAGGUGAAGAUCCAGGCUGGACGGAGGCUGAGGAACCACAGGCUGGACCCAGACAGGUCGGAGGUGAGGAGACGCUCCGGGCUCUGAGGCUCCAGCUGGCCCAGCAGAUUUCUGCCAUGGCUGCAGGAGGGACGGGUUCUGACGAGCCGGCGGCUUGGUUCAGAGGUAGAACCGGGUCGCUGGCUCUGCUGCCCGGUAACAGGAUGGAGGCGCUGAUCCAAAAGGCCGAUCAGGUGCUGGACUCGCUGAGUUCUGGAGGAGCAGAACGUUCUGCAAGUCAAGGUGAGCCUUUCCCUCAGUCACAUUAGAACGGAUCAGAACCGGGUUGAAAAAAACCAAGAACUUGUUGAGUUUCUGGGUUUAUGUCUGGCCCGGUUCUGACCCGGCGGGCCGUCAGAGC